AUGGCCCAAUUUGCCCAUUGCCUUGUAGAGAAGGCCCUAGUGCUGGUCAGUGUGGUUGUGACCCCCUUGAAACCUCGAGUGGCCACAUUUUGGCCCUAUGCCAAGGUUGAGCUGAUUCCUCCAACCCCUGCUGAGAUCCUACAGCUACUCAGAGCUUGUGAAAAGAGAGCCCACAGCGCUCAGACUGGUGGCUUCAAACAGCUCACACUUGAGGAAGCUCUGCCGAAUGGUUUGGUGGCCACUGAGGUGCAGAUGUGGUUUUACGUCGGCGAGAUCACAGGCAAGCGGGGCGUCGUGGGCUGUAAUGUUCGAAGACCAGUCAUCUGUUUCAUUUUGGUUUAUUAUUUGAACGUUCUUGGACCAUGAGUGAUCAGAACAGUAUUUGCAUUAAAAAAAAAAAAAGAUAUUUC